GCUGACCACAUGAGUUUGCUUUUCCUGUUUUGGUUUUGCUGGAAGCAGAAGUCAUCAUCCAACUGCUUAUCUCUUGACAAGAGGAGAUGUAUGUGGAUGACACAGGGUGGUCUGAACCAGGCCUGCUUGCAGUGGCUUUGGUGCGCCCUGCCCCAGCCGCACUCCCAAAGGCCUGAGCUCUCUGCUGGGUGGUAUGGCAGGAGCUAGAAUCUCUGACCAAGUCAACCUAGCAGUUUCGUUUAUUGUUUUGUUUCGGGUUUUUGUUGUUGUUGUUGUUGUUGUUUUUUGGUUGGGCCAGUUUGGGAGGUUUUCCAGGACUGGGAGGCUUUACUCAAAAUAAUGCUGGCUGAUUGCCGCGUGAGGCCAGUUCUUCCAUUUACUGAGCAGCAGAACUGAGACAGUAGGAGAUCCUAUAUAGGCCACAAGACAUGGCCAUCUUGCAACUUUGGCAUCAAGUGGGGCAAGAGAGAGGACAGUAAGGUGUCAUCCAAAGAACACUAGCGGUCUUGGAUAGCUCGGUGUGCCUGUCAUUUAUUUUGUGCUAAAACAUCUUUCUAGGAUCUGUUUGGGGGUGAAACCAGAGCCUUCUCCAUGGUUUUUAAGGCAAGUGUGCAUGCCAUUCAGGCCAGACUCCAGACUUGGGUGUGCACCUACAUACAUGUAUGUACAAGCAUGGGUGCGUAUCCUCCCAGCUUAAGUUUUAAAAUAGAUUGGGAAGCUUAGUGCAGUGACGGAGACACUGCGGACCCUGGUGGUGACUAGGUCCUAGGAAAAGAUGAGGACAGGAAGGACUGGGAAGCGAGAGGAAGCUCACCUACAGGUGUCUCGAAAAGGUCCCUUUGCCCCCAGUCCUAGUCCCUGUGAUACCUUGAGCACAGGUCGCUCCUGAUAGGAGGAGGAAAGAAGAGAUUAUUACUAGCAGCCGCUAUUCCGUCUGUGCACCGUCAUGUUAGUAGACUUCACAGCAACCUUGCAGCUGCAUUUGCUUCUGUUUUGCAGACUGGGCAAACUGGGGCUCAGGGAGCGUAGGUGUCUGCCUGGGGCAGGUGCAUGGGAAGGGGAGGAAUCAGGCUUAGAAGCAGACCCCUUGCCUCGCCUGCUCAUCCAUGGCUCCAAAGCUCAUUUGGUCAGCUCCUUUUGCUCCCUGGAGGCCCCUCUUCUUGGCGAUGAGGGUGUGGGAAGCCUCCUUUCACUGGGAUAAUCUGGGUGACUUCCCUCACAGCAUUUCCCUCCUUCGAGGCCAAGAAGACCAGGCUGUGGGAGAAAUACCCCAUUGGGGUUCAGCUGUGGGCUCUCUGAUAUUUCUCAACUGCUCCUGGCCUCUAUUUUGUCAGCUGCCACUCGUGGAGGCCACCAUGAGCACCAGCCGCCCCGAGCCAGGUGCCCGGCCAUCCUGGAGCCCCCGCCCGCAGCCCCUGUCCCGGAGCUCGUCCAGCCUGCUGGGUGAAGGCCAGGGGCAGAGACCAGAACUCCGCAAGAGUGCCAGCAGCACCGUAUGGCAGGCCCAGCCGGGCGAGGCCAGCAGCAGUCCGCAGAGUCCAGAGGAGGAGGAGCAGCACACUGAGAGCGAGGAGCAGGCACAGGCAUCCAGCCCCCGACCCCGGCCCCGUGCUGUGGGCCACUGGCGGAGCAGCACUGUGGGCAAUGUGUCUACCGUGGGCGGUGGUGAUCUGUGUCACCUGCGGGCCCCUGGCGCCACUGCCAUGCAGAGGAGCCACUCGGACCUGGUCCGUAGCACCCAGACCCGGGGUCGCGGUGCUACUCAGAAGGCCAGCCUCAGCUGCUUGGCCCUUGGCAGCUUGCCUGUCCACAGGGCUCGGCUGCAGCCCAGCCGUACUUCUGGCCAGGGAGGCCAGGCCCCUGCCGGCCUAGAAAGGGACCUGGCUCCAGAGGAAGGGUCUUCGAACUCAGCCUGGACACUGGGAGAGAGUCAGGUGAGGGUAACACCACCAGACGUGGGAGGGACAGCCCCCGCCAGCAGCAGCCCCCAGGCUGGACCCGAAGCCACUGGGCAGCCGGCAACCGCCUCCUGCCACGCCCUGUCUGCAGCAACUCUACUGUGUGGGAUGAGGGAGGUGGGGACCAGUGGCUGCUGCCACGCCCUGCCAGCCCCAGGGAUCCUGGCCUUCCCCAAGCUAGUGGCCUCUGUGAGUGAGUCUGGGCUACAGGCACAGCAUGGGGUGAACUUCCAGUGUAGGUUGCCUGGGGUGCUCCCUGGGCAUUCCCACUGUUGCGCCCAUCACCCUUGGGGUCCCACCGGGUCAGCCACGGAGCCUGGUGCCAGGACCAAGGAUGUGUGGACCAUGACCUCAGCCAGUGACUUGGCCCCUGUGUUGGCAUCCUCUCUGUCAGCCCAGGAUGCUGGUGUGCAGGCAGCACCCAUGGCUGUCUGCAAGGCUGUGGCCACCAGCCCGCCCCUGGAAGGCCCUGCGGCCCUGCACACAUUCCCGGAGGUAACCGUGGGGGCCGACCUGGAGGAGGCACCCUCCCCCGUGCGGGAUGUGCGAUGGGAUGCUGAGGGCAUGACCUGGGAGGUGUACGGAGCUGCAGUGGACCCCGAGGUGCUGGGCGUGGCCAUCCAGAAGCAUCUGGAGAUGCAGUUUGAGCAGCUGCAGCGGGCGCCCACCAGCGAGGACAGCCUGUCAGCGGAGGGCCGCCGGGGGCCGCUGCGAGCCGUCAUGCAGUCCCUGCGGCGCCCCAGCUGCUGCGGCUGCUCUGGGGGAGCUCCCGAGUGAGGGGCCAUGGCCCUUGGAGUUCUCCUGAGCCCUCCUUAGACUCAGUCUCAGGGCCCGGGCUGCAGGGGGUGCCACGUUUCUCGGUCCUACAGGCGGCUGUGGACGUGUCUCUGCUGUUGGUUGACCGCAGGGCGCAGGACCACAGCCCGGGGGACCACUGCUUCUCACAGCUGGGCUGGUUUUUAAGGGCUUGAUCCCCAUGAGCCACAUCUCUGCACGUCGAGGCUCUGAACCUUGGGACAGACUUUCAGCACCGUGCAGGAGGAGAUUCCUAUUCUUCUGUAAAAAUACUUGACAUUCUGUGUAGUCUCUCCUCAGAAGUCUGCUGCGAUUUCUCUGAGGGCUUUUGGUGGCUGUAUUUUAGAGCUGAGCUAUAGUGCUGAGCUAUAACACCUUCCUGACAUGAAAGUUGGGGGCCCAAGUGACAGGACUGGCUGGGUCUUUAGCGCAGGGCACGGAUGUUGAAGACAGCCUGUGUGCCCCCCACUGUGCUUGUCACCUUACCUUGGGGGAGCACCCGCCUCUUUGCCCCAUUAUCUGGAUGAAACCAUGGACACCUGGCAAGGCUGUACCUGACAGGCCCCGGGCUGGCCUGCUGGAGGGGGUCGGCUAAGGUUCAAAGCCAAGGUUGGCUGAAGGCUGCAGUCUUUUUCCUGCAGCACAAGGCUGGUCAGUGCAGUGCAGUCACGAACCAGAAGAAUUUAUUGAGUCACUAUUCUGUGCGGGGUUCUGUGGGUUUCUUGGGGAAUGAGACAGGCUGUCUGCACCCUUGCUGAGCUGACAGUGUGGGGGAGGUGGCACAUCAGGACCAGGGUGCUGAGCGUUACAGAAGGGCCGGGGGUGCUACUAAGAGUCAGCCCCCUUGUUGGUCAUCGUGGCAGAAGCCAGUCUCAGGAAGGGGAGAACAGGUGGCUCUUUGUCCCCAAAUAUUUUGGCAGGGCCUGAAAUUGCACCCUUGUCACCUCAUUCCUGUGGCUUAAUGAUUUAUUCCCAGCUGGUGCAGUCCUUGGAAGGAGGGAAGGGAGAAAUGGGUGGGAAAAGGGAAGGGGCCUGGAGUGGGGUCUUCCACCUGGUGGGAAAUGGCCAGAGCUAUGAGGCCCUGGGGAGCAGGGAGGCCCAUGAUGGGCCUGUUCUCUCAGCUGUGCCCAUGUGAGUUGACCUGGGCCAGGCAGUGGGGAGCCAGGGAUAUGGAGUGAGGAAGCCCAGGACACAGGCUUGGUACAGACUGACUUCAUUGCCUGAAGAUCUCUCAGGCGCUGUGGAGUUUGGGGACGGGCUUGUGUUGUCAUCUUGGGCUUAGCAUCGAAGAGUAAGUCCACCAACUUACUCUUAAGAGAUUAGGGGACCGCUCAGGGUCCCCUGCCCUGGGGUGGAAUCAGGGCCCAGAUGCUGAGCAGGGUGUUGAGGACACAGUGGGGCUGGACAGAUGGACCGUGGGGAAGGGCACACCAGGCAGCUGGGACAGUCUGGUCAGAGACCUGGAGGUGCCCGUCCUGCUCAUGCUGUGGUGAGCCAUGGUAAUGUAGCCUCUGUCGGAGUGUUUGUUGGGUUGGGAGGCUGGCAAGGGUGCCCCAUGGUGAGGACAGGACGAGGUGGGAGGCAGGGCCCAGGAGAUGUGGGUGUACGAGCCAAGGGGGGGGCCUGUCAAGGGGAGACGGAAGGGGAGCUGGGCUUUGGGUAUGCGCCACACACACACCCCACACACCCAUUCUGCAGUGGCUUCAGGAAGGAGGAGGAAUUCCAGGAGCCUGAGGUUUCCAGUUUGAGCAAAAGGAGGCGAGGCCACCACCUGGGACGAGAGGAGGCAGGUGAAGGGUCACAUGUCAGGAUAUUUGGCUUGGAUCAGUGAAACCCUUAAGAGACUUUCUCUGUUAUAUGCAAAUUGGAAUGAGUUCAUUCUCUGUUGGGCUGACGGGGGCCAACCUGGCCAACCCGUGCCGCUUCUAGUCUGCAUCUGGAGUGCCAGGAUGUCGGGCUGGGCUGGGCCCUGAGUGGGAAGGGCCAGCCAAACCUUCUACCCAACUCAUAACUGAGAUAAAUGUUUGCAGGGUGGUGUUGGAAUCCAGAUGUGUCUGGUCUCGGGACUGUGCAUGGCUGGGGACCCCGUCAUACCCUCCUGGGUAGGCUUGCCACCCUGGCCAUGGCCCCAUGGCUCAGACUGCAUAGCCCUGGCCAGUGGGUUUACCUAGUGACUACAGCAGAAUCCCUGAGUUUGCCCUGGAGAAUGAACCCCUCAUCCCCGUCCCAUUGCUGUGGCCCCUCCCUGGCCAGGCAGGACCGGUUGUGGUUUAGGGACUCAAGACAUGUCCACCUGCUUAGUUUGAAGAUCUCCCCUCAGAUUCCAGAUUUGUGACCAGAAUCUCUGGGUCCCCUUCAGGCCCUGUUGUGGGAGGUGGUGGAUUUCAUUAUUUGUACAUUUGUUUUGUUCUGAAUUUGAAAUAAAGUUUUGGAGGUCAGAGCUUUGCCAGGCAAGGGUCCACAGUCCUGGCUGGUCUGGUUUUUCUCUGGUAGGUUUUGUUCUUGGAGCAUCCCCCCUGGAUCCUGAGCUCCUCCUCCAGGCAGGAAUCCCCCUCCUUCUUCUCCAGGGACUCCUCCCUUCUGUCCAUUGUUCUCCCCUUCCUGUAAGGGCCCCCCAACAGCUGAAGACUGGUUUCCUGGAGCUUAUCACCUCUGGGCGUGGCCAGGACACCGGGCACACAUCUCUUGCCAAGCCCCAGGCUGCUUUUACCCUCCCAGGCAAUCACUGGCCCACCCCAAAGGAGAAGCCACUGCUGCCAGAGUGUAGUCUCCCCCCCACCCGCCAAGCUCACGUUGUGUAUGGGGGGUGCAGAUGGUGGAGGAGUGGAGAAUGGUGCUGUUCCAUGGGGACAUCACUGCCAGUAUCUUCUGGAUUGGGUCUCUGUCCCCAGAAGUGCUGCAUUCUUAUUUCACGGCGGGGAGGUGGCGAGGCAAGGGGAACUUCCCAGUGAAGAUCCUGACAUUUUGAAUCUGGAAGUGUUGCGUGGGAGUGGGGUGGGUGGCACUACAUCUUAAUGGUCUACAGUCUGAGUUUGACUCCUGGGUCUCAUCCUCAGCCGGGAGACCUUGGGCAAAUUACUGACCUUGCUGUCUUCAGCUUCCUCAUGAUGACAAUCAUGGCUCCUUCUUAGGCUGGCCCCGCAGAUCAAAUGGAAUAACCCACAUGAAGCAGGUGGCACUGAGUUGGGGCUCACCCGCCACGCCAGUGUCGUGGGAUGCCUCUUCCUUGGGCCUACUUCUGUGGCCAAAGUCAGGGGCUAGCUCUUGCCUAGCCAGCGUGGCUGUGGUCAAGGUCCACAUCCCAUCUCCUUGGCCAUUCCUCAUUCAGAUUCGCCUUCCAGAUCCUUCACCCUGUGCUUACACCCUGCUUAGAACAUGUGUACUCUGGCCAUGGCCUGAAACCGUGGUUUCCAGAACCAUGCUGAGGAGACUAGUCUAUGGCAGGGCUCCCAGAGAAGCGGUGCUAUGAUUCUAGAUUACCUGGGGAGUGGGGAGCACAAGGUAGGGAAGGGAUAGAAGCCAACAAGGGCGUGAUCUCAGGUAGAGUCCUGGCCUUGGCCAGGUCCUGCAGGGGAGCCCUGGGGCACACUCUAUCGCAGGUAAGGGCCACUGGGGCCAGGGCUAUGCAGGUGAGGCGUAGUUCUGGGCAUUCCUUUCGGUGGCAGGCAGACUGUGAAGUUCCAGGAGCCCUGGGGCAUGUGUCUGCAUGGGGUGCAGGUCCCAUCUGAGGGGAGGGGUGCACAGAAACCAGGGACAUCUGCAUCCUGGGGAAACACCCAUACCCAGAUGCAUUCAAGCCCUGACCAGCCCCUCACCCAGUAGAUGCGUGUGGAGUCUGAGGCCUGUGGAAUGCCCAGACCUUGUCUCCGGGAGCUGCUCUGAAGCAAUUGUCUCAUUUAUGUUCAUGCCGAGUGACCUUGGUUACUCAAGUGCAGAGCUUGCAUUUGCCCUCACUUAAUUCUGUCUCGGUCAUCAUUCUAGCCUGACCCAGUUUUGUCAUCAGAAGCUAUGACUAGUCCUUUAUCAGUUUCCAUCCAACCUGUCAGGCAGAGCAGGGACACAUGGAGCCCAGGGCCUGUCACCAAGUCAUCCUAGAGUUCAGCACUGGUCCCCGGAUGCCUAUGAAUCAACAGUCAUCAUGGGCAAAUUCAUUUAAGGUGAAUUUGUGCAAAUCUGCAUCUUCAACAUGGGUAGCACUCUUCCGACUGAAGUUCUGGUCCAGGGACCCUCACAUCCAAACAAGGACGGAGGGGAGGGGCUUAACUCAAGUCCUUCCUCUCGGCAUGGCUGUUUCUAGUUCUGGUGAUCGAUGCUUCCCUUUUGAAGAUCCUAUUUCCGUUUAACAAGCUGUUCUAGAAGUUUGAGAUCUACAGCAAGCUAAGAUUCAGACUACCUUGUAACCCCUUAGGAGAUUGGAAACUGCCCCACUCUGCAUCGGCAGGAUUCCCCUUUAUAUUCCUCUGGGCACAAGGGGACUCACCAGCGCACUUCCUUGGAGGUAAAGUGAGCGGGAGAGCAUGGCACUCAUCACAGCUGGCCUCUAGCACCUUCCUCAUUGGGCCUUUCCCUGGGGCUGCUCACCAUUUUUUGCUCAGUCUUUCUGAAGCUGCGUGGGGGUCUCCCUGAUGGGUUAGGAGAACACAGGGCUAGUUUUGUUGCUGUGGUUACACAGAAAUAAUAAGCCACAGAACAUUUCAGAAAAGUCGAUGUCUGUUAAAAAACCCAAACCAAAUCAAAGUUGCAUUGGCCUAUGGGAUUGGGGGUAGACAGCUGGGGUCUGACUCUGGCUCCAAAAUUUGGAUAAACAUUGCCUUUGCUCUCUUCUGCAGUGACUUUCUGUGACUCAUUCAUCCUUUCUCCUCCUCCAAGUUGGGGUGGCUCAGCAAGGAGGCAGGUCUGUACCCUGAGAUAUUGUACCCUGUGUUCCCAGAUGGGUAUCCUAGAAUUCAUGUCUCGUGUCCCCACUUCAUAGGAGAGAGUGUGGGAAUUGUAGGAACACGGAAGAUCUCAUUUGGGGCUUGGAACUGGUGAGUGUGUCCAAUUUUAAGGUGUGUG